UCAAUUUUGACUUUGACAGGCACGUUCUUUUCGCACGCAUUUAUAUCUUUAUUCUUAAUUAUCCAAUUAGGUAUAUCUGUGCAAAGAACCUAUAUCAAAGGGGAUAUUAUAAAUCAGUCCGUUUCUGUGGUUUUAUUAUUCCGGGACAUAAACAAAGUCGUCAAUAAAUAUAUAUAUACUCUGUCUACAUACAAAGUACUCCGCUACACUGUGGUCCUGACUUCUGUCUGAUCCGAGGGUCCUGGCCUAUGUCAUAUAGGUACCUUAACUUAACGUGUUGUGAAAGAAAGUGGGUACCUACCUACCUCGUAUGAUACUAUAGAAAUAAUUACACUGGCCGACCGAACUGAAAGUAUACAAUCAAAUAAAUUCCAAUUACAAACAUUCUAUCCAGGACAGAAUGGGAACCCAUGAAAAGCCCAUAGGAAAUCCAAAGACUCCAUAUGAAUUAUUUUUGAAAUUGUAUUGUAAGAAAAAAGGAUUGUCCUGUGAUAAGAACAAUAUAUUGUUAGCAGCGGUUAAGGCAUGGAUUACUCUAAAUGAAGAUGAAAGGAAAACAUUCACACAAAAAUUCAUAGAAUGUAAAGAAAAACACCAGAAUCAAAUAGCUUUUCGUUUAGAAAAACUUAAGCCAUAUAUGAAGAAGAAACCUAAUAAAAGGUCACAUGAAAUAUGUAAAUCAUACACCUUUGUGAGAAGAGUAAUUGAUCAACCAAUAGAAGAAAGACCAUCAAUAAUAUGUGAACAAGAUGAAAAAACGGCAAAUACAAGUAACAUAAACUGUUCUUUAACAGAAGAAUGUUCCAUUCAAGAACCGCCGAAUAGUACCAAAUUGGAAAAUGAGAUGGACGAAAUUGUAGAUUUAUCAGAGCCGGCACCUCCUAAUGUUAGGAACGCUGUCGAUUUAUUUCACAUGAUUAAAAAUAAAAAAGAGGAUGAUUCGGAAUGGUCGUGUUUAACUAACAUUGAGAAAAUGCGUUAUAGAAGAGCUGUUUAUCAGUUAAAAAAGGAUUACAUCCAAAAUUACAAAAUGUUUUUAGAAAGUUUACCUUUAAAAGAAUUAUUUAAAUAUUACCAUAAAUUUGAUACAAGUUCAUAAAUAAAAAAUGUAUUCAAAGGCAAUGUUCCUUUUUAAAUACCUCAACCCCUAGGGAUGCCACAAGUCAGGUGAAUUUGGGAUGUUCCUGUUAAAUUUUCAAUUUCCCCAAGUGAGGCAUACAACUGAAGGUGACCUUUCAAUCUUUUCAAGAUUGUUUGCUUUGUCUACCCAGUUAGGGAUAAAGACGUGGUUAUAUGUAUGUAUGCAGCUUUUCGGAC